AUGAUGAGUUCGUCUAAGUACGAAACAAAUGCUAUGUCUGAGGUAUCGCUUGCUCGAGAUGCCCCUCCGCGGUGGGCUUUCCAGCUCGCCAAAGUCAAUGAGAACUGCGUUCUCGAGAGAGGUGAUUGGCAACACAAUGGGCUCUAUUGCAACCUCUACGACGUUGCGGCCAACAUUGCGUUGUAG